CAUUUCAGUUUUGAAAUAAAAGUAGGAUAUUGAAAGGAUGAAAAUUGGCAGGAUCAAGAAAUAAUUCUAUAGAUCACAGUUCUACUUCAAAAUUAAUUAAAAGAGAAAAUGCUAUAAAAUUAGUUGGAAGGUUUUCAUAUAUUUCUUUGUUAUAAGCCACAAAAGGGAAACAAACAAAAACAAAGUUGAUUGCAAUAAAAAUCAAUGGGUAAGAUAGGUAUUAUAAAAUAGAAGUGCAUGUUAAUUGUGAUAUAUAUGAAGGUUAAUGGUUUGAUGAUAUUGCAAAUGGUCGUUGAUUAUAUUGAUAAUGGUUAUUUAAUUAGAUAUAAAUUAGGUAGAGCAAGAUAUGAAGGAGGAGAUUGGGAUAAUAUAUUCAAUUAAGGAAUGGUAUAAAUAUUUGAAUAAUUAGGAUAAGAUCCAAAAGUAGAAUUAAAUUUAAAUUUAUAGGAACUUAAUUAAUUAAUGUUAAAAGAAUGAAAAGAGCAUUUCAUUCAGAUUAAUAAUUAUAAUAAUCAUUUGA